CGAGUUUGUUUGCGAGAGGAGUACUCUGUACAGAGUAUUAGAGUACAAAUCCGAGAACGAGACACCAGUCCCUUUCAGCCGCUCUACCGCUUGCUGCUGUUUGCUACUCUCGUUUAACGCCCCCCCUUUCCCCCUCCCUUGUCUGUCCCUCGCUUCACGUCUAACUAAGUAACCCCCCAGUCCCGUCGCCAAGUCUACUUUUGGGCGUGACGACAAAUUAGCGCCAUGCUGGAUCGGCCAGGCCAGAGAGAGCAAGGCCGUCUGUAGGCUGCCCAUCCAUCCCUCAGGUGACAACUGCAGGGGCAGCAGCCAUCCAGCCAGCCAGCCAGCCAGCCAGCUGCAGCAGUAGCAGCAGUACAGGAGCAGCAGCAGCAGCAGGAUCUCAUUUUGGGUACAGACUACAGAAGCACCGCCGGUUGGUGGGUAAGUUUCUCGGCCGGCCCCCAAAUUGAGGAGAGCGAGAGAGAGAGGGGGAACAUUUUGACUGACGCGGGAAGAUAGACACCGCAACCCGCGCCGCCCACCCGCAGAGAGAGACACAGAGAGAGAAGGGUAGAAAGAGAGAAAGAGGGAAAAGGCAGAGACUGACGUCCCUAAGUCUUGGCUGACUGUACGGAUACUCGUGCGAGAGAAAAGCCCAUUCAACACAAACUCGGCCGUUACUAUCAUCUGUGUCCGGAUUCCCUCUGUCUGUCUGUCUGUCUGUCUGUCUGCUUGCUGUCCAUCUGUCUGCCUCACCUGGCGCGGCUGAAAUUCUGCCCCCUCGGAAAUUUGAAACACACUUUACUCUUUUUUCCUCACUCUCACUCUCGCUCUCUCUCUUUCUUUUCUUCUCUUUCCUUCUAGAAUCCCAGGUCGUCAGAGAGCCAGCCUUCUCAUCCCCCGAAACGGGUUCGCCGCCUUGGUACCCCCCUCCUUUGAGCAUCGCAACAUAACCCGCGCGGCUUUGCACACCUGACUGACCCCCCGUGUGUGCCUUGCUUUGCGGGUACCUCUCUCUCUUCUUUCCCCCCCGACCCGGGAGGGGGGUUCCGUUCUCCGGGAAGCUCUCGCGGGGCCGGAGCAGGCAUAAUGACACGAAAGGGUCAGCCCAAGGUCCGGACUGGGUGUUUGACGUGCAAGUCGCGCAAGGUAAAAUGCGACGAGGCAAAGCCGGCGUGCGUGAGAUGCACCAGCACAGGCCGCAAAUGUGAGGGUUAUGCCGUCGUCGUCCCCAGCAACCGCGCCAUCGCCCGCGCCCGCUCGCGGACGACCCGGCUCAAGGACGCCCUCGCCCAGGCCCGCGCCGGCUGGGAGGGCGGCUCCGAGAGGGCCACCCUCGAGUACUUUGCCCGAGAUGUCGCCCCCAAGCUGCCCCAGAACCUCGAGAACCAGUUCUGGACCGUCGCCGUGCCGCGCAUGAGCCGCUCCGAGCCCGCCAUCCGCCACGCCAUGGCCGCGAUCGGCAACCUGUUCCCGCAGUCGUCGGCCUCGUCAUCGCCGAGCGGCGGUAGCGGUGCCAGCGGCGGCUUCAGCGAGCAGGCCGACGAGUGCUACGGCGAGGCCCUCCGCCUCAUCGCCAGGAAGGUGGCGCCCGAGAGGGACGGUGAGGAUGGCAGGGUUCGGUUCGAUGGCAAGCUCGCCAACAUCUCGGCCUCGGUCGGUUCCCUCAGCAAUCGGUCCUCGCCGAGCCUGUCCUCCGUCGGGCCGGCCUCCGCCAUCCAGUCCCCGGCGUCCCUCACACCCGGCAUCAGCAGCAUACCGGAACUAGUCGAACCAGCAGCAGCUAACGGCUCCGACGGCCACGCGUCGACGAACCCAUUUGCGACCCCGCCGGCCCAGGGAGACGAGGCGGGGUGCGACGAGGAGCCGAGCCAGCAUAACGACGUCGACGUCGUCCUGUCGUGCUGCAUACUCUUCAUUGCCACCGAGUUCCUGCGUGGCUGCCUCGACGCGGCCAUGCAGCACCUCGCCAACGGCAUCAACAUCCUCAACAACGUCGACUACGACGAGCUGGACAGCACCACCAUUGACGAGAUCGUCCCCAAGUUCCACCGCCUCAGCAUCAUUCAGCUGUGCUUCUACGACAAACCCGGCUUCCCGUCCCUCAACCUCCAGCACGGCCCCGGACCCAGGUACAACCUCGGCCCCUUUGACAAGAGCAACAGCAUCUACCUCCCCAAGCGCGCCGUCGACCCCAUCAUCCUCGACGCUAUACGUUACAUCCGGUCCGCCGCGGACCCGGGCUCGCAGACGGACUCGCGCCUCGCGUCCAAGGGGCCCGUCAUGUCGGAAGAGCAGAAGCAGAUCUGCGCGUCCUUUGACCGGUGGCACGCCGCCUUUCUAGCCUUCGUCGAGUUCCCGCGCAAGCGCUCCGACCAGCCGCUGCCCAAGCACCAGGGGCUCAUCUGCGCCGAAACGGAGAUGAAGUACCAGACGGCCAAGAUCUGCAUCAGCGUCUGCCGCUCGCACGACGAGUCCGUUUACGACUACUUCAAGGAGCUGUUCCGGCGCAUUGUCACCCUCGCCCAGCUGAUCCUCGACAGCUGCCCGGACGACGUGGCACCGCCGCCGCCGUCGCCCGCCGACGCCUCGUACAAGUUCGACUUCCGCGUAAGCUACCUCCCGCUCCUCGAGUUCGUCGUCGUCAAGUGCCGCUGGCUCGACAUCCGCUACGAGGCCUGGCUCAUCAUCUGGCGGCUCGCGACGGCCCGCGCCGAGCCCGUCGCCCGCGACAACCUGCACCUCAUCGGCCGGCGCAUGAUUGAGCGCGAGCACAACGUCAAGAUGGACGAGGUGACGCGCGACAACGCCGGCCUCUUCUCGCUUCCGGCCGAAGAGAUGCGCGUCAAGGAUUACACCGUCGACGCCCGCUUCGCCGACCUCGUCACCACCGCCACCGCCACCGCCGCCGCCGACCGCAAUGUUGAUGUGGACGGCGGGCCGGCCAAGGUGCAGGUCCCCUAUACGCAACGGCUGCUGCUCAGGUGCGGCAGCUGCGAGCUCGACGACCUCGCCGGGUGGAUGGAGAACAGGCCUUUGCCUUCUUUAUAGCAUCAUCCGUUUGUUUCUUUUCCUCCUUCCUCCUCUUCUUCUUCUCCUCCAGCAGCAGCAGCAGAAGCAGCAGCGAGCCGGAUUGGGAGCGGAGGUGUAUGACUUGAUGAGUAAAGCAUUCACUCGAUUGCACGCAGCAUAUAAGCCGUCUUACCUUGUGUAUGUAUUCCUACAAACGACAAGCAGUAUUAUUUGCACGACUCGGCAUCGAUGAGGGGUAAAACUAGAGAGGGUAUCUGUCCAACAGCGGUCGACUUUUCAUACUUUUUGUUCAUUAAAAGCAGCAAAUAGGCGGACGUAAAUGUAAAUCACUUGACAUCUAUUACAAGUUUAACUGGCGGUUACUAACCAAGCUUUUCUGUCU